GGCGGCGCCGGGCCCGUGGGGCGGGAGCGGGGGAUGGAGAAGCUGCGGAAGCUGUGGAGGAGCCGCACGAUGACCUUCGGGGUGCCCCUGCUGCUGUAUCUCAUUGGAGGAUCCUUUGGACUCCGUGAAUUUACCCAGAUAAGAUAUGAUGUUCACAAACUACAUGGCAAGAUUGAUCCAGCUUUGAAAGAAAAAUUAAAACAGAACACUGUGACACUGGAAUCUGAAUAUGAGAAGCUGGAAAAAUCAAACUUGGAUAACUGGGAGAACAUCAGAGGACCCAGACCAUGGGAAGAUUCCAGGACGGUUCAGAAACAACGGCAGGAGGCUCUCCGUCUCAAGACAGAGUGACUGAGCAAGCCUCCUUUGGUGCCUCUGAAAAAAAGUCUCAGGCUGGACUGUCUUAAUUUUUAAUCCAGUGUCAGGAACAGACAUGGGAGCAUUUGCACUGAACAAUUCAGCUGGUGUAUAUAUAAGUAACUGUGAGAUCAGUCCAAAAUGAACUCUUUGUUUGCAUCCAUUUGUGUAGAGUACCAGAGGCUGUACAUGUGAAUUUUCAAUUAAAAAAAAGCUGAUUAUUCUACUGAGAAUAUCCCAUUGUUUUUGAGUCUCUAACAUUCAAAACUGCUUCAGCAAGGAAUAACAUUUCAAAAGUCACUUGUCAGUACCAGAAGUUGUCAUCCUAAUGAGAGCAAGAGUGCUGUCAUCUAGAUGUGUGUGACCAAAUAAGUGCUGCUUCAGGGAGCCCCUGCAUGACUUAGCUUGGAAGGGACUCCACAGGCAUAUGAGCUGUUCAGAACAACGAGUCCAAUUUUGGCUAAAUAAUACUCUUGUGUUUCAUUUCUAGGGACUGCAUAGAGACAUGUACUGAGUGUCAGCUGACAAUUGGUCAAAUAUCAUUUGUUUAGCUGUGGUUAAAUUUCUGUGAUUGGUUUAUCAAUACUUUCAUGCAGGCCGGACCUCUGCACUUGAACCUCUCAGUUUAAAUUGGAACAACUCUCCCUCGCAAAGAGCUGUGUUGCUUCCCUGUGAGUAAAUAUUGUAGCAGAAUCUUCUUGAAUCACUACAUAGUGGCAAGGCUCAUCUUACAUGUAUUAUUACAUGUAUAUUUGUGCAUGUGCAUAGAAAUUUUGAUGUUCCAAUCAAUUAUUCUGAAAUGCUUUUCUUCUUAUAUUUGUCUGCUAAAUAUUUGCUGUUAGAGGACAUUGUGCUAAUAUUCAGGACCCUUCUGCCAAGAGAGUUCAAUGAAGAAGCAUUUACUCAAUUUUUCAAAUGAAAUGACACUUUUGUUAAGGCGUUGUAACAGACUUGUGAAACUCCUCAUCAGAGGAAUGGAGCAGUAGAGCACACAUUAACAGCAGAUUCUCGUUUCAAAACUCUCAGUGACACCUAUAUGUAAAUCCUUUUGGAACUGUCUUUGGAAAAGGUGUGGCCUUACUCCCCUCUGCAGGAUAUGUCAAAUGUAAUCUGAAUUCCCCUUCGGACACUUUUUUAGGGUAGCCUCCUUGCCCUUGUGUGAAUCUUCUCUCAGCACUUCGUUUUCUUUAGACUGGUAGUGGUGAGGUCCAGUCUUUCACUCAAGAGGAAGAAUUAACACUGAUUUUUAGGGAGUUAUAAAGGAAUUCAUAAAGCAUCACAUGAAAUACCUUAGGCAUGUUUUUAUGCAUGUUUUCUUCUGAUAGAAUGAAAACCAUCAGAAAGUGGUGGAUGAAAUCAGGAACAAAGUUGGAGCUGUGUGUUUGUGUAUUUCCCUGUUCAAUGUCAUAGGUAGCUCUGCCUCUAAAUCAAAGUAUGAACAAAUUAAACCACCCAGGAGAGGAAUAAGAGUAGGUAAUAAUGAAUAAUAAUAAUAUUAAUAUAAUAUAUAAUAUUAAUAAAUAAAUGCUAUAGGGAAACCAGUGAAAAACUAGAAUACGGAGGCAUUAAGCUGUGCUAGACUUAGACAAGGAGGAAACUGGCUUAAUUGUUUUGUCAUUAUGCAAAUAAAAUAUAAAUAUGACAAAUAAGGAGUAAUUCAUACUGCAUAACCUGUUAAGCACUUUUUCAACUAUUAAAUUCAAGUUCAGGUGCAGUUCCACUGUGCAAGAGUCAUCACUCAAAGGACAUCAGAGCUUUUGGCUACACUGACAGUGUUCUCUCACUGUUACAGUGGGAGCUGGACCACUGGAAAUCUUUACGUUCCCCACUGGUGUGGACUCUGCAAAUUUUUGAGAGGAUGCACAUCUUCCUUGUCCCUGCUUUGAUUGAAGGAGAUGGGAAACUGCCAUUGCUUUGCAUAUGGAGAGGCGUGCUCAGCUCCCAGGCUUGCUUGAUGGCUCACAAUAUGGACCAGCGCUGCUCCUGAAAUAAACACAUAGAUUUCUAAGAACAGCAUGUGUAGGAGAAGCAGCCCCUUCCCCCAGGGGAAGAAGCAAAGAUAUUUCUCUUCCAUGAAGCCCUUAAGCUUAUCAGUUUUCUUGAUGAACAGAACACUCCCUGAAAUAUCCUGUGUAUUUUUAGCAAUUUGAUAUUCUGCAAAGACUGUUUUGGGAAUGAUCAUCUUAUUUCAGCAGGUUUGGAAUGUAGUUGUAAAUAAUUACUUAUAUGGAGCAAUUUCUUAUGUCCUAAUUUAGGACCCAAUCUUAGUUGAUUGUUUGCUGGUUAUGGGGUCCCCCCACCUUUCCCUUUUCAUCUAAAUCCAGUUGUUUCUGAGGGCAUAUUUGUAAUUACCUUUGAAGUGGCCUCUCUGGAAAGUAAUGGAUUUGUCUUAGCAUUUCUGAGAAAAGAUGAUAUGCAGUUGGAAAACUUUCCAACUUGCCCUCCUCUUCAACUUCCAUUUUAGAAGACAGCCUGUAUCUAUUGAUUGUCCACUAAAAUAAAAACCCACCAUGUUUUUUAAUGCUGACUUAUUUUAAUAGUCUUUUUAAUGUUGACUCAUUUAUGAAUGAGUCAACAUUUAUAAAAAACCCCGAACCAAUAAUAGCUGGUACAGAAGUUGUACUGUUCAUGAAAUGGGAAGAGCCAUUUCAGCAAUUCAUCUUUAUUGCCAUGCACUUGAACAAUGGCUUGAUGUUUUAUGCUGUGCUUUUCUUACCCAUUGAAUUGGAAGUAAUACUUUUGAAAGGCAUGUUGAGAGCCAAUUAAGUCUGUUAAGUUGUCAUGCAACCUAGAGUAGAAGGCACUCCAGAAAUGUGGAGAAUUAUAGUUCAUAACAGUAGCAGGAGAGGCAAGCUUCAAUUAGUUCAGAAUUCAUCCUCAGUUUGGCUGAUUAUUUGAACUAUCCUUUUGAAAGACAGAGCACUUCCAGUUAUCUCUAAGGCUCCUGAAGACAACUUUUUUCAGCUCCUGAACCAUAAUGCUAAACAUCUGUGAGUGGAGGGGGUCAGAGGUAAUUAAGUACAAUUGUCAGUCUGAGACGCUGAUAGACAUUUUUGCAUCCUCUUUUGUAACUGGCAUACACAGGUCUGAGGAGAAUAAAAACAAGGCUUUAGUGAGAGGUGUUCAGUAUUAGAAAGGUAAUUGAAGCCAGAUCUUCUAAUUAGUGUUGCUGAAAUUAGAAAUAAAAGCAGCAAGUCUGGCUAGGUGUCUGUGAGUAUGUGGGCAGAAAAAUCAGUUUCAAAAUCCUUGUUGUGACAGUAAAGGAGAAGGUAUUUAUCUCUCAAAGAAACUGUAGCAAGGUUUGGGACCUUCCAUAACAAGAUAAGCAGCAGGACAUAGAACUGGAAGAAAUCUGGGGCACCUGUCUCCAGGGACAGGGAGAGGUCAGCAUAGCACCGCAGAUAUGGGGGUAUCUGUCUACGUGGUUCCCAGUGGUAGCUGUCUGCAGCUCAAAAUGCUGCCCAGACCUCUGUGUGAGAUCUGCCCUUUGGAUCCUGCUUAUUGAGAGUUGUUCUCCUGCAGCACUUUGAGUGUGCUGAUGCAUGGGUGACCCAAAAUGCUCAAUAUCUCUGUUCAGUAACAGAUGAAGGAGAGCCUUAAUAAAAGCUGUAGCUGCUGUGGUGCAAAAAAGCUUUCAAAACUAUUGAAUAGCACAACAGUUGAAUUUUGAAGUUCCUGAAUACAUCUGGAGGAGCAGUUGGAUGUUAAAAACUUACAGAAUCACCAUGCAGAGAGCAAUCUUGCACGUAGUGACCUUCCAAGGUCUUGAAAAAGGGUCCAGUACCCAAAAAAGAUAGGUCAUGGUGUAAUGAGACAUGAGUGAUGUGAGUUUUAUAUCGGAAUAUAAAAUGCAGAAACUUCUGAAAAGCAACUUAAGUCUACCCCAUCAUCAGCUGGGGACCUGUCCCAAAAACCACGGGAAGAAAUCCAUUUCUUCACAGAGAAGCAGCAGUUCAGAGAAAUUUGAAAGUCAGUGUUCAUUGGAUGUUUUUCAUGGACACUUUAUGUUUCACUGUGGUUGCCUGUGUAUAGGUGAAACUCAGAACAGCAGUUUUCGCCAUGUGAAAUAACUGCACAGAGCCUGGUACUUCUUGAUGAUCUUGCAUUUGUUCUGACUUGCUAUGUUUGCAUUUCCAGCUUGAAUCCAGGGCAAGUUUCAUUUUAUAUUCUGUAUUUUCCAGAGGCACUUAUUUCUGCAAGAAAUGGGAAAGCCUAAUAUUAUCCUUUGCUACUGUGUCCACU